UGUCGUGAGGGGGGUGACGCAGGCGUUGUCUCCCUUGUGUGAAGCGGUCUCAUAAAACGCCAGUCAAACACGUCACAGGGUUUAUAAACAAGUCCCCUCCUCUUUGAGCUCAUUCCCGGAUUUGUACGGAGGUCUGAUGCUUUUUUCAAUGAAGAUCGGGCGCCAAGGACUUUCAAGUAUUUGAAGACAAAUAGCAAAAAACAUUUUUUUCCUAUCCAAGUAAUGGACAUUUAAUUACUAUUUUUGGCCUUCACAUUUUGUUCCAGAAGAAAAGGCUUGCCUUUAUCACAAACCCGCCCAUAAAAUAGCCAAAGCCAUUUUUUUUCAUAUAGUUACGUUUGCCUGCUAAUGUUUUAGCUAGCUAGCGACCUAAUCAUGAAUUUUCCAUCUUAAACUUGUAACAGAUCUGUUGCCUUAAGGCAUUGUUCAUUAUACCAGACGCUGAGUGGAGAUAUUAAUAAAAUGGCUGGGAGUGGAGUGGAUCCCAGAGAAGUCAUAAACGGAGUGGAGAACUUGCUGGGGAAAGAUGGCGAGCUUCGCAGCCCUGAAGCAGUCACAAAGAUAGUCAGUCUAAUGAAAGCCUCCCACAAGAUGGUGAGCAGAUGUAUCUACCUAAAUAUUUUACUUCAGACCAAAUCUCAUGACAUCUUGAACAGAUUUAUCAAGGUGGGGGGGUACAAGCUGCUGAAUGCCUGGUUAACCUACUCCAAAACCACCAACAACACUCCCCUGCUGCAGUUAAUUCUGCUAACUCUACAGAAAUUGCCCCUCAAGGUUGAUCACCUCAAACAGAACAACACAGCCAAACUGGUCAAACAGCUGAGCAAGAGUGGAGAGACUGAAGAACUGAGGAAGCUGGCAGGCGUGCUGGUCGAGGGCUGGAUGGCAAUCAUUCGCUCUCAGGGUGUGUCGACGUCCAGUGGAGCCUCCCCAUCAGACAAAAAACGAAAGAAGGAGGAAGGUAAAGUCCGAAGCGGAGAGGUGAAGAAAGGUGGAGAUGGAGUGAAGGUGGCACCGGAGGAGAAGAAGAAAGAGAAGCCCAAAGCCCAUGCCCCCAGCCAUGCCAAGUUCCGGUCUACAGGCCUAGAAGUGGACACCCCCAGUCCUGUCCCAGCCAAAAAACCCCCAGCCGCCCCCCAGCUUGGGGACAAAUACAAUAUCAAACCUGCUGUUCUGAAGAGGCCCAGCCCCUCUCUGUCAGAUUCACCUGUGGAGAAGAAAUACAAACCACUCAACACCACACCCAAUUCCACCAAGGAAAUCAAAGUCAAGAUUAUCCCAGCACAGCCAAUGGAGUGCACUGGCUUCUUGGAUGCUCUUAACUCUGCCCCGGUCCCUGGGAUCAAGAUUAAGAAGAAGAAGAAGGCUGUGUCUCCAACAUCAAACAAGCCCUGCCCAUUUGACAACAAGCCCCUACCCUACCCUGCCCCGCAGAGCAAACCCUUGUCCCCCGAACCCCCGGCCACUCAGAGUCCCCCCCAUGACCCCCCCGACCUGGAGCAGCCGGGCACGCCCGUGCCCAGUGAGGACACAGAGGUCAUGGAUACAGGGGAGAAACCCAACGCCCUGUCGGAGCCGCGCGGAGAGGAGGAGAGCCUGCUCACCAAGAGCGGGAAAAAGAAGAAGACGGUGCGCUGGGCGGAGGAGGCGCAGCUGAAGGAGUAUUUCUUCUUUGACCUUGACGAGACGGAGAGAGUCAACGUCAAUAAGAUCAAAGACUUUGGCGAGGCAGCGCGGAGAGAGCUGAUGAUGGACCGGCAGGCGUUUGAGACGGCCCGCCGGCUCUCCCACGAUGCCAUGGAGGAGAGCACGGCCUGGACCCCGCCCCGGCCCCUCACCAUGGUCACCAGCCUGGUCAUCCCCGGAGCCAAUAGCAGCGAGAAGCUCACGCAGAGGGACAGGGAGCUGGGCAUCCUGCAGGAGAUCUUCCUCAGCAAAGACAGCGUACCAGACAGUCCUCAUGAGCCAGACCCAGAGCCUUACGAACCUGUACCCCCGCGACUCAUACCCAUCGAUGAGGACUGUACCUCAGUAGACGAGAGCUACCAGGAGCCCAUGGACACUGCGGCCCCGGCCGGCUCCUCCUCCGGCCCGCCCGAGGGCUCCAAGCUGCCCCCUGUCCUGGCCAACCUGAUGGGCAACCUCGGAAACAGCGGGCGCAGCCCCCAGGCCCAGGGCCCCUCGGUCAACGUGCAGGAGCUGCUGACCUCCAUCAUGGGUGCACAAGGCGGCCACUCGGCAGAGGACCUGAUAAAGCAGCCCAACUUCUCUGACCAGAUCAAGCAGCUGCUGGGCUCCCUGCAGCAGAGUCAGCCCCAGGCCCCACCCUCGGGCCCGCCUCCAGGGGCAGGACCAGUGAACACAGGCUUGCUUGGCCACGGCCCCGGAAUGAACAUGAACAUGAACAUGAACAUGGCGAUGCCCAUGAAUGGCGGCUAUCCACCCAACAAUCCCCCCUCCGGCCCUCACUACCCCCACCCACCGCCGCCCCACGGCCACGCCCCCCCGUUCCCUGCUGGAGGCGGUCCCAGGAUGAUGGGCCCGCCCCCUGGCCAGCCCAGAGGGGGUGAUGGAGGGGGUUACUGGGGGGAGGAGCCCAUGAGAGGAGGCCCACACCGAGGCGGAGGCGGGCAUUUCCACCGCGGCAGAGGAGGACGAGGAGGCCGGGGAGGGCGAGGUGGCGGAGGCGGACCCCCCAGGGGAGGAGACAUGUCCAGUCGGCCUGUGUGUCGGCACUUCAAAGUGAAGGGAAACUGUCGAUACGAGAACAACUGUGCUUUUUACCACCCUGGUGUGAAUGGACCGCCUUUGCCCUAAUAUGGCCACUCUGCUACUGUUCCCCCUUUGUGCCCUGCCCCUUCCCCUUAAACACAGUAUGACUGAAUUAUGAAGCUGGAUUCACCACUACGGCCAGAAAGAACUUCACCCACUAAGGACGGAAAAGCACUGUUCACUGGUUCUGCUCUCAAUACAUUUCUGUUUUUUAUUUUAAUUUUUUUAUUUUUUCUGUGGGGAUGUUGGAGUAGCAAGCUAAAAAAAAUCCUCAGUUUACUUGGUUGUGUGUAGAGCAUCUGUUUGUAAUUAAUGAGGAAAUGGAUGGAGGCUCACUGCUGUUUUCAGAUGUAUACCUCUCGCCUCUGUUGAGUUUCCUCUGUCCUUUUGCCCUUCUCCCUCUCUCCAGUCUGGGGGCUGGGGACUUCAUCUCUGUAAAUAUUCUGUACUUCUAGAAUCAAACACAAGGUGGCGAUACCUUCGAGACUGUCCUUCUGGUUUUUUCUGCAGUCAGUGCCGACUCAUCUCUAGGACAGGUUUUGUUUGUUUUUUUUGGUUCCUUUUUUCAAUUUUUUGUCUUUGCCACCAAUCAUUUUAUUAGUCAUUGUAUUUUUUUCUUGUUCAUUUUUUCAUGUUUUAAUUUUUGUUUUGCAAUGAGAGAAUGACACUAAAAUGAAUGACAUGAGAAGCUCAGAUGGAUAGCAGCCUGGAUCCAGUGCAGGGUCUCGCAGAUCUGUGCUCCCUGUGCCUGCCCCUGGAGGGUGUGUAUCCCAUGUGAGAUAUGAAACUGUGCCUAUGUCAGGGCACACUAUUCCACUGCAGUACACUGCAGAGCAGUUAAUAGACUGGACAGCACGGCUGGGCUCUGGCUCAUCAUUAUGGCUUCUGUCUCUGAAUUGAUCAGAGCACCAGGAAGUGUGCUUUUAUUUUGACUGUGGUUCUUAAGUUUGGCAAGCUGCAGUCAGAUGAGAGUGGGCCCUUUCAUCUCUCAAGAAGACUGUUUUAUUUGUUCAUUAUUAAGAUUCAGUCCGACUCUCAUCGACAGAUGUUCUGCUGUGCUAGAGUUGCUAUAUUUAAAUGUGGCGUUUGAUCAAUAGAGGCAGAGGUCUACUCCACUAUAAUUGUUAUUUAAACCUUUUAUUUCAUGAGUUUUCCAUUCCUGUAAAGUGGCAUUAACAUGUUUUACACCUGUUGUGAUACAGCUAGUUGAUUGAGGUGUUUUUGUACCAUAUGUUUAAUUUUUAAUUAAUCGUUUAAUCCAUGAUUUCUUGUGGCAAACAAAAGAAAACAAAAACUGCUGAAACCUGUCUCCCUAAGAAGUUGAGUUCCAUCGAUUGGAAAGUAUUGCUGAAAAGACAUGUUAACAUAGGUGUAGAACUGAGCUAUAGGCCUGUGAGUGGAUGAUCGUUGCUUUUCAAGAGCUAACACUCCUGAAUUAACUCCCAGUUUGUAAUACUAGACUGUUAAAAGGCUGGCCUGGGCAGAUAGUUGUUAAUAGCCCAUACAGUCUUUUCUCCUCAUAUAUUCUUUUCUAUUCAUUUUUAAAAGAAUACUAGUGCGAAUAUGGCCCUAAUUAUUCUUGUACAUCAUAGACGCUACAUGGUUUUAAAUGCCAGCUUUUAAUUUUGGGUUAAUGUGUUCUGUCAGUGUUAUAUGAGCCAGGCGACACACAGUUGUCUGGGAAACAAGUAGUGUUUUCUGUGAAAACAUUGGCCUUCGUGUCUCUUGUGGGACUGUAACAAUGGCUUUUUUUUUUCUCUUUUUUUUUUAAAGAACUGCUUCACAUUAAUUUUCCAGAUAAGUUUGUAUGGGAGAUUUAUGUGUGUAUCUGUGUCUAUACAUAAAGCAUAUACACACAUUCAUACACAUUUGCAUAAUUUCAUUGUAUAUAUUUUGUACAUGCGUUAAUAAAUGUGGACAAACUCAAGAUUGAUUUUUA